GGGGUCCCGCUCGGGUUUGGUGUCCGUCGCGUCUCCUCGCGCGCUUCCCGGUCCGCGCUGUGCCGCCUCCCGCCCUCGGGCAGCGUGGGGAGCUCUCGAAGUACCCUGGAGGCCCUUGGAAGACUUAAUUUUAAGAACAUACGGAAGGUAGAGGAAAGGGGCCUUCUGAGCUUUUCUCGCCCUAAAUGGCUACAGAAUCAAGAAAGCCUUCUUCAGCCCCAUCUCCACCAGACCAGGCUCCUGAAGAGGACCUUGUCAUUGUCAAGAUAGAGGAGGAUCAUGGUUGGGAAGAGCAACCUAGUGUGCAUGAAAACAGUACGCCUGGCCAAGAACUGUUUCGUCUACGCUUCAGACAGCUCUGCUACCAGGAGACAAUAGGGCCCCGGGAAGCUCUGAUCCAGCUCCGUGCACUGUGCCAUCAGUGGCUGCGGCCAGACUUGAACAGCAAGGAGCAGAUCCUGGAGCUGCUGGUGCUGGAGCAGUUCCUGACCAUCCUGCCAGGGGAGCUGCAGGCUCUAGUUAAGGAGCACCAGUUAGAGAAUGGAGAGGAGGUGGUGACCCUACUGGAGGACCUGGAAAGGCAGAUUAAUGUCCUAGGACAGCCGGUCUCAACUCAUACACAUGGGCACCGAGUACUCUGGGAUGAAGUCACACAUUCAAAAUCUGCAUCAGAACCUUCAAGUAUUCACAUCCAACCCUUGGCCACCAUGCCUAAAUCUCCAGUGUCCCAGAAGCCACAGGACAAAGGAGAGAGGCCAGAUUUCACUUACAAAGCCAUGUCUUCUUCUCAGAAACCUACUCCUUCCCAGAAAGGAAGUUCUGGAGAUCAGGAGGUGACAGCUAGACUUCUCACUGCAGGGUUCCAGACUUUGGAAAAGAUUGAAGACAUGGCUGUGUCUCUUAUUCGAGAAGAGUGGCUUCUUGAUCCAUCCCAGCAGGAUCUGAAUAGAGAUAACAGGCCCGGGAAAUACAGAAGCAUGUUCUCCCUGGAUGGUGAGACCAGGAGUGAGAACAAGGAAUUAUUUUCAAAACAGGUAAUAUCUCCCGGAAUCCAUCCACAUGGAGAGGCCAAGUGCAACGGGGAUGUUCUCGUGGGUCUUGCGCAUGGAGAAACCCAAGACCUUUUGGGCAAAUUAGAGAGGCACCAGGGAAAUCCCACACAAGAGAAACGACAUAAAUGUGAUGAAUGUGGGAAAAGCUUUGCUCAGAACUCAGGCCUUGUUCGCCACUGGAGAAUCCACACUGGAGAGAAACCCUAUCAGUGUAAUGUGUGCAGUAAAGCCUUCAGUUACAGGUCAGCCCUUCUGUCCCAUCAGGAUAUCCACAACAAAGUGAAGCGCUAUCACUGCAAGGAAUGUGGUAAGGCCUUCAGUCAGAACACAGGCUUGAUUCUGCACCAGAGAAUCCACACUGGGGAGAAGCCCUAUCAGUGUAAUCAGUGUGGGAAGGCCUUUAGUCAGAGCGCAGGCCUUAUUUUGCACCAGAGAAUCCACAGUGGGGAGAGACCUUAUGAAUGUAAUGAAUGUGGAAAAGCUUUCAGUCAUAGUUCACACCUCAUUGGACAUCAGAGAAUUCACACUGGGGAGAAACCCUACGAGUGUGACGAGUGUGGGAAAACCUUCAGACGGAGCUCACAUCUUAUUGGCCAUCAAAGAAGCCACACUGGGGAGAAACCCUACAAAUGUAAUGAGUGUGGGAGGGCCUUCAGUCAGAAGUCGGGCCUUAUUGAACAUCAGAGAAUCCAUACCGGAGAAAGACCCUAUAAAUGUAAAGAAUGUGGGAAAGCCUUCAAUGGGAACACUGGUCUCAUUCAGCAUCUGAGAAUACAUACAGGGGAGAAGCCCUAUCAGUGCAAUGAGUGUGGGAAAGCCUUUAUUCAGAGAUCGAGCCUCAUUCGACAUCAGAGAAUCCACAGUGCCGAAAAGCCUGAGAUCACAGGAGUGUAGGAGAAGCUUUGGUUGUACCUUGAGCAUUAUUUUGCAUUAGAGAAACCAUGUAAUAGUGGAAAGGUCUAAUGAAAAAGGCAGAAUCUGUAGCUGUAACAAAGCUAAGGCUAGCCCUUGGCUAGUUUGGGCCCAAUCCCUGAUCUGAGUUGAUUAGCGUGGCUGUCUUUGGGGGCAUCUGAUGAAGCAGAGCCUUGGCAGCUCAGGAUAUUCUUCAGAAUAACAGUACGUUGCUUAUUGUGACUUGAAACACUAUAUUUUGUCUUUUCUUGACUAGCUCUAAGUUUGAGAGAAGCCACUCCUCCAAGCUUCUCUACUGCUUCCCAUCCGGUGGUCCUUUUUUGUCGUCCCUCUGAAGGGGCCCUUGUGAAUCUUAAUCUAAGAAGCUGCUUGAGUCCAAGGCAACCUCAAUGAGACUAAGAUUUGUGUUUGGCAUUUUGAUAUCCUAGUUAUAGAGAAAUUAUGAGACAUUUAAAUUAUUAUUCUAAUACUCCUAGAUGAUAGAUUUCCAUAUUCCUCUGCAAACUCAAUGCUAUAUUUUAACAGUACUGUAGCAUUUUUCUUCAUUUAGAACCUUUACUGAUUCCAUUGAGUCCCUGAGCAUCUGUACAUAUCCUUCACCAUCCCCAGUCUCAGUAC